AUGUCACUCAUCGGCCCACCAUCUAUUGAAGAGCUCAUCGGCGGACUUGCAGUCAGCAUAGACAUUGCUAUCCUUCUGUACGGGAUUGUCACCGCACAAGCAUAUUUUUAUUGGUGGACAUCGCAGGAAGAUUCGAAAUUACUUCGCUCCUUGGUCGCGUCUGUAUGGUUUCUGGAGACAAUGCACACGCUGUUCUGCAUCCACAUGGCUUAUUACUACACGAUCAUCAGCUUUGGGGACAUGAACGGUGUCCGUCAGAUAGUUUGGAGUGCCGCGGCUACAGGAUUCAUAGAGGUCCUUAUCGUAGGCUGGCCAUUUUAUCUGGCGAACCUGGAUGUUGAGUCGAAGAUCUGUGGCUCUGAUCUCCAUACUGAUAGUUUAGUUCGGAAGUCGAUGGCCUACAUCAUCAACACCGGUGCUUUGACGAUGUGUGUUACGAUGGCAAUUAUUGCGACGUUUUGGGCACCAGCCUUGAGGAAUAGUCUGAACUUUGCUGGAUUGGUCGAGAUUCAGAGCAAACGUGAGCAUUCUUCAGAUCUAGCCAUUUCCUUCACUGACAUGCUGCAAAAGUUUAUGCGAACUCCUUAA